CUCUGCCUCCGGAAGGAGCCGCCGUCGCCGCGAGCCGCUCGCACCGCUCCUCCGCCGCCCGGAGCUCAUGAGCCUGAACGAGCACUCGAUGCAGGCGCUGUCCUGGCGGAAGCUCUACCUGAGCCGCGCCAAGCUGAAGGCUUCCAGCCGUACCUCCGCGCUGCUCUCCGGCUUCGCCAUGGUGGCCAUGGUAGAAGUUCAGCUUGAUGCAGAGCAUGACUACCCACGAGGUCUCCUGAUAGCCUUCAGUGCCUGUACUACAGUCCUUGUUGCAGUUCACCUUUUUGCACUCAUGAUAAGUACCUGCAUUCUUCCAAAUAUAGAGGCUGUUAGCAACGUGCAUAAUCUCAACUCCGUAAAGGAAUCUCCUCAUGAGCGUAUGCAUCGGCACAUUGAGCUUGCCUGGGCAUUUUCUACUGUCAUUGGGACUUUGCUCUUUCUUGCAGAGGUGGUGUUGCUGUGCUGGGUGAAGUUUCUUCCCCUGAAGAAGAACCCCCUUGACCCAGCUCAGAGCAGCAAUUCCAGCAUCACGUCAGGACAGGCAGCAGCCAUUGCAUCGACGUCUAUCAUGGUUCCCUUUGGACUGAUUUUCAUUGUCUUUGCAGUCCACUUCUACAGGUCUCUGGUGAGCCAUAAAACAGACAGGCAGUUUCAAGAAUUGAAUGAACUUGCUGAAUUUGCACGGCUCCAGGAUCAGCUGGAUCACAGAGGUGAUGCCAUCUCCCCAGCUGUUACCCAUUUUGCAUAAACCUGUACUUAAAGAAAAUAAAUCCACCGUUCUGCUCCUGCCUUA